UCCCCCAGCCCCAGGCCGCGGCUGCUCUGCGCAUGUCCACCCAGCCGAGCGCUUCUGAGGCCGUCUCCGUGCGGAAACAAACUUUCCCCUGCAGGAUGUCAGGACCCUGUGCGUCGCCGGAGCCGGUCAGAAACAGUUUGAUAGAUGAUGCUAAGGCCCGCUUAAAAAAGCAUGAUGUUGGGACCAAAUAUUCUCACUUGUCGUCUAACAAAUAUUCUGUCCUUUUACCAUUGUUGGCAAAAGAAGGAAAACUCCACCUGUUGUUCACCCUCCGGUCAGAGAAGCUAAGAAGGUCACCUGGAGAAGUUUGCUUCCCUGGAGGCAAGUCUGAACCAGCAGAUGUGGAUGAUGUGGCUACAGCUCUCCGGGAAGCCCAGGAGGAAGUAGGGCUGCAUCCUCACCAAGUGGAGGUUGUCUGCUGCCUGGUGCCAUAUCUGCUUGACAGUGAUACAUUGAUAACCCCAGUUGUAGGAUUUAUAGACCACAACUUCCAGGCCCAGCCUAAUCCCGAUGAAGUUAAGAGUGUGUUCCUGGUGCCUCUGGAAUAUUUCCUGCAUCCACAUGUCUACCACCAGAAUUACCUGACACGUUAUGGUCAUCAUGUUAUUAUUCAUUGCUUUGAGUACACAAACCCUGAAGAUGGUGUCACUUACCAAAUCAAGGGAAUAACUGCAAAAUUUGCCCUGUUCCUUGCCUUAAUUAUUUUGGGGAAAAAACCCAUCUUUGAAAUGGAGUUUAAUCUCAAUGAUCUGAUUUCAUCCUCUGAAGAGAUCUUCCUGAAACUAAGUAAGCAUGCUACAAACAAGUUAUGAUUUAUGAGACCACCAUUCAAAUAGCUAAGAGGAUUUUGUGUCUGCUUAUCCAUAAGAACAACAAUAAUGCAAGCUGUUGGCAAUUGAUAGGUGCGACUAUUUUCCCUGCAAUAUGAAGGUAAAAAACCUUGCCUUUUUCCCACUUGCCCUGUAUUACCUGAGAGAGCAGAAGUCUUUCAAAAGUGGAAAAAUGUGUUCAUAGUGUUGCAUAAUUUCACCCACAGCAUGUUAAUAUUUUUUUGUACACAUGUAUCUGGCACCUAUUAGGCACUUAAUAAAUAUUUGUUG